GGUGGACCGUGCCUUCUCCAUGGGAGCCGUGUCCUACCCAGUCCUGGCCCUGGGUCUGCUCUCGUUGUCCUCACCUGCCCUCCUUCCCCUGGGCCUGGGUCAGCUUUGGGGGCCGCAGGGGUCCUGGGGAUGCCCGUGAGCCAAGAAUCCGGCUUCUUCCUCGGCACGCGUCGCCGGCUGGAUUCUCCCUUCGAGGCCGCCGCCCACUGGUUAAAACGCUUUAGGGAGGCCUCACUCCACACCAGGCACUGACGUGUCCGACAGCAGGCGGGUCCCAGCCACAGGCAAGAACUGAGUACACGGAAGAGCUCUUCUAAUUCAUGAGAAAUUCUAUAAGGAAAACCAGACCGAACGGGGCGCUAGGAAAGGGUGGGGCCCCCAGAGAGGGGCAGACAGGCAGGGGAGGAGGGGGAGGCAGGCGGGCUCUGGAGGGCUGUGCCUGGGGCUGCUGUGGUGGGGGAGGGGGCCCUGGUCACAGGGCCAGGAGGCCCGGCCCAGCCACUGCCUUCUGGGGGCCUCGGUUGCUGCCUCCGCCAAUGAGCAGGGGUGGUGGUGAUGGCUCGGCGCAGAGAGAGAAGCCGCAACGACGAGGAGUAGGGUCCCUGCCACACUGUGCGUGCCGCGCCGGGCUAAGUGGGAGGAAGACGCGAAGGCUCGGCGUGAGCUCAGAGUGGGGAGGUCGCCCCAGGAGGCCCCUGGAGCAGGGCCGCCCGUGCGCGCAGAGCCACAGGAAGUCGCCUGUCUGGGUUCGCACCGCCGGCCCGGAGGAGCCUCUGUGCCCACACACGUCGAAACUACCCCGGCAGCCCUGAGCCGGCACAGGUGGUGGUCCCGGCACCUGCGCUCUGUCGUCCGUCAACCCUGCCACCUGCCUGCCUUAAGGUCGGGGGACAGUCGGCCAGGGCUGCCCCCACUUUCCCAUCUGGAGCCGGGAAGCUUGGAGGGCCGGGACUCCCACCUCAUUCGAGACCCUGAAACCCACCUUGUGGGCUGGGACCGGCGCUUGAGAAACUAGAACAGAAAAUGUUUGCGCGCCGUAUUCCCGCCGCGGGGAUCUUGGCUCUGCGACGCUUCGGUCACCCACACGCAUCCGUCCUGGAUCCUGGAGUAUUUCUUGCGCGGGGCCCCGGCUCCAGAGGCCUCUACGGUGCUCAGGCCCCAGGGUCUGCACCCCAGUCCCUGCCCCAGGUCCCGCUCAAGGCGUCUGUGGGGCCCCGGGGCCGUGGGGUGGGCCGGCCUCCCAGACCCGACCCCAGGCCCCUGUCGGGUCAUUACAGAGGUGCCUCAGUGCAGAAUCCAGGACACCUUUCCACUGGCGUGAGGAGGCGGACUGAUGGCGCCAUCAGGAAGGAAGCGGUACCCGGGAGGUGCCGCUCCCCUCCCCACCCACCCCCCAGCAGGAAGCUCCCAGCCCGUGUCACUCAGCGCUCUGCGCUGGCCGUGCGGCAGUGGGGCCACUAGGACACUAGGACAGCGGGGGCCCUGCCCUGGACAUAGGUCCCCACGCCAGGGCCAGACACAGGCAGGACAUGCGGUGCCAUCGGUGGCUUCCGGACGGCCCCGUGCCACUUGGGCUGGACCCGCGACCUGACUUCCCCAGGCUGGUACGGGAGGCGCCCCAAGGACACAGAUGCGGGCCCCCCGAGCUGGCCAAGUGUUCAGGACCCCACCGGGUACCUUCAAAACCAUGCCAAGCCCUGUCUGGGACGGUGAGGAGAGCUCGGGCCACACCGAGGCCAGCCUGACCAUGAACGGUACCUGUCACACCAGUGAGCUCACCUGGCCCUACUGGGUCAAGAACAUCGUGGACGCCUACGUGGACCUGCUGCUGGCGCUGGGGCUGCUGCUCAACGGCCUGGCGCUGUGGGUGUUCUGCUGCCGCGUGCGGCGGUGGACGGAGACGCACAUCUACAUGGCCCACCUGGCCGUGGCCGACCUCUGCCUGCUCUGCGCCCUGCCCUUCUUCCUGUAUUCCCUGAAGCAGAGAACCGAGGACACGCUGUUCUGCCAGCUCUCCCAGGGCGUCUACCUGACGAACAGGUACAUGAGCAUCAGCCUGGUGACGGCCAUCGCCGUGGACCGCUACGUGGCCCUGCGGCACCCGCUGCGCGCCCCCGCCCUCCGCUCCCCGCGGCAGGCCGUGGCCGUGUGCGCGGCGCUCUGGGCGCUGGUGACGGGCUCGCUGGUGCUCCGGUGGGCCCUGGGGGUGCGGGAGGGCGGCUUCUGCUUCCUGAGCGUCUCCCGGCAGAGCUCCCACACCACGGCCUUCUCCCUGCUGGGCUUCUACCUGCCGCUGGCCGUGCUGCUCUUCUGCUCCCUGCAGGUGGUCGCUGCCCUGGGCCAGGGGCCGGCCGCCCACACGGACCAGGCAGAGGCCACCCGGAGGGCCACCCGCAUGGUCUGGGCGAACCUGGUCGUGUUCGUGGCCUGCUUCCUGCCCUUACACGUGGUGCUGGCGGUGCGCGUGGCCACGAGCCGCAGCGCCCCCACCCCGGCCCUCUGCUACGCCCUCUAUGUCACCAGCAAGCUCUCAGAUGCCAACUGCUGCCUGGACUCCAUCUGCUACUGCUUCAUGGCCAAGGAGUUCCAGGAGGAGGUGUCGGCACUGGCCUCCAUGCCCACUGCCAAGGCCCACAGGAGCCGGGACUCUUUCUCUGUGACCCUGGCCUAGGACGCAAGUCGCGGGCACGUGGGCCGGGUCCCGGGCUCUCCGGGAGGUGCUGCCUGCUGGGGGCGCCCCGGCUCACCGUGGAUGGGGGCAGGCUCCAGGGGGCCUGGCAGGGUGGCGACGACCCAGGCACGGACCCCGCGGCGGUGACGCGCCCAGCCCCGGGGUGGAAGAGGGUGGGACGACUGAGCGAGGCCAACCCCUGGGGCCCUGAGAUCGGGCCAACACCUGCAGUGCCCAGGGUCUGGUACCCCUGGGGUACUGGGGUGGACGCUUGCUCUGUGCCUGGAGGCCUCAAUGGCCAGCUUUCUGCGGCCAACCUACGGCGGUUGGAAUAAAGCUGUUCCCCUGACCUUGUCA